AUGUUCUUCAGAGUACUAUUAGUGAGUUCGCAGUAUUUCUUCUUUGAAAGCAGGUAAAUUGUUUCUUAUCAGUUGUCUGCUCUGUGCUUGGCUGUUAUCGAAGCCCUGGUUACCGUACCAUCGGACACCAAAGUGUCCAUCUACGACUUCUGCUCUGAGAAAGUGCCAUGUGCUCCCGGACACCUGUGCCACGAUGGCUUCUGCCUCAUGCAAAACUACGGAGCUUACGCCCGUGGCGCGUAUUUUCGUUCUCUUUUCUAUCGCUAA